AUGCUGAUGAGCUUGGAAAAAGAACCCCAGCCUUCUAAGCUGAUUGGGCAAGAGCUCUUUGGGAUUAAAAAGCUGAAUAUCGCGGAGGAAAGCAUCAACUACAAGACCGCGGCUCAAAUGCCGAUGGAGACGUAUUUGGUGACCUACGUCCUCCCAAGCCUGACCCCGGCCCUGAACGAGGUCGUGAAGCUUCGCCCAGACGAUCCAAUCACCGUAUUGGCGGACAUCCUCUAUGAUUAUAAGCGCCGGAAGGACGUGUAA